AAAUACCCCCGUCCGGAAACAAAAAACGCUCUCUCCACAAGUGCAUAAUAACGUACCCCUUCCUCCCUCUCACUCCAAAAAUAAAAUUAAAAUAACCUUGGCUGUUGAAAUCUAAAACAAACACCAUGACCACGUCGAAUUAUACCCUAAAGGUAAACAGAGAGCUGUUGGACCCAAACUUCGAGAGUUACCGGCUAUCCUUGGACGUCAUACCGACGUACAACGUUGAGCUGGACGCUGCCGUGGAGGAGGUGACGCUGAAGGAUUGCCAGUACACGUUGGAGCACAUGCGUGCGUUUGGCAUGUACAAUUACCUCCACUUGGACCCCUGGUACCAAGACAGCGUGUUGUUUGUGGACUGCAAAGGGCGAGUGCUCAGUCUCACCGUCACUUUGGACACAGUGCUGGGCAAGCCAAGAGAGGUAUUUCGCCUGCCAUCCGAAUGGAACCAACGCGAAGACCGCGUGUGCCCCUCCCUCAGCCUCACGUCGGCCACCUGGGCCGCCCUCUCCGACGGCGCCGGGCGACUCUACCUGCUUCGUACCAGCAAACGGGGAGACAGUAUCCAUGGAAAGUGGGAGCCGCUGUUCACAGAAGACCUGGGCGGGCCCUUCAUUGUCCUCCACAGCGUGGCCCACAUCCAGGCGGGCACCCACACACUGGAGGUCCUGCUGCUGCGUGUCGUCAAGGACACUCAGGAAACAGCGGGAAGUGGAUACUCGGUGACACUCGAGUGGAUCACGGUCACCAACGCGGCAGGGCAAGGCUUGGAAAAGAAUUACAAAGUGAAGAAGAGGUGCCUCCUCCAAGGAAAGUCGGUGCCUCAUUACGCCGCCGUGACGCCUCGGGGCGACGGUCUGAUGGUGGCGUCAGAGAGGCCAUUCGACUUCACGCACGUGGACGGCGAGCCCCUCAAGCCGCCGCAGUCGGCGGCGGAUGAACAAGCUAUGGAGGUGGAGAAGGCAGAUCCCGUCUACUUCUGGCAGCAGACGUCAGACGACAUCACGGCCACCGUGCGCCUGCCUGAGGGCGUGACAAAGGACGCGAUCCAGUUCCGGCUGACGGCGGACUCCAUGAGCGUCGGCGUGCUGGGAUUCGCCCCCCUGCUGGAGGGCCAGCUGUACGCCUCCGUAGACCCCGAGGCCUGUGCCUGGAUCCUCAGAGAUGACAAAAGCCUGGAAGUGAGUCUGCAGAAGCGCACUGAAGGUCCCAUGUGGCCCGAGCUGGUGAUGGGUGACCGUCGAGGGGAGCACGUGAUGAGCGAUGAGCAGGCUGCCCUCGUCCAGGAGAGGCUCACCCACCUGACCUCAGCGGACGUGCACGCUAAUCCCGACCUGGACAAGCCAGCCUGCAACUCCCAAGAACUUGAGGACUGCGACGGAUACCCUGAGGACACCUCCACCCUAGUGCACUUCGACGGCGAGUCGCUGAAGGCCACUCAGGUGGUGAACCUGGGCAGCCAUCAGUACCUCUUCACCGUCACCGUGGACCCGGCCCAGAUGCCGUGUUUGUGCCUCCGUCACGACGUGGACGCCCUGCUCUGGCAGCCGCGGCCUGACCGGCCCGCCGACAUGUGGGAGCACGUCGCCACCUUCAACGCCCUGGGCUACGUGCAGGCGUCCAAGCGGGACAAGAAGUUCUCCACGUGCGCCCCUAACUACUCAUACGCAUCGCUGUGCGAGUGCCUGCGCCGCGCCUUCAUCUACCGCCAGCCGUCCCCGGUGGACGGCGUGCUUUUCAACAGGAAGCUUGGCAGGGAGGUAGGGCAGGUUGCCAAGCAACAGGUGGCCAGCCUGGACUCGGACAAACCCGUGCUGGGAUUCAGGGCCACCGAUGAGAGGCUCUUCGCCCUCACCUCCGGUAACCUCUUUGUGCUGAAGGUUAAUAAUAAUUAAGAUGGAUGCAGAGCAGUCUGGAAAAUAAACGUGCAUUCCCUCAGUCCGAAAACGUCAAAUGUCUGCUUAGUCCUUGGGUGGAACAACUCAGAUUUGAUCAUAAUUUAAAUGAUUUUAGUUAGUUAGUGUAGUAUAGAUAGAUAGAUAGACAUAUAUAGAUAAAUAUAUACUGGAGCCAUCCCUGGUCUAUUAUCUCUAUUUUUACCAUAAAUUAUUUCACAACUCAUUUUUGUGAAUUCAUUUUAGAAAGCACAUCAAAAAAAUUAAGAACUCCGGCGGAAUUCAACAAUUUAUGCACUGCGAGAAAUCUUGGUCAACUUUUCUUAAUAUUAAGUCUCAGUGGGACGGACCUCCCCACGUUGGUAACCCCUGCUAGAGUGUCUGUAACGGACGCAUCAAAAACCAAAUAGCGCACCUCGUUCCAAAGGAGAAUAUUGAAGUCAUGAGACGUUAUCUUGAAGUGAAUUAAGUCAAUGCGCCGCCCCUGUGUACAUACUAUAAGUCUCCGGCCACUUGGACAUGCAGGUUUAUUAUUCUCCACACGCCCGCCAAUUUCCCCCCACAUUCAUAAUUUCCUGCCGUUCCUUCUUCGUCAAUUAGAUUGCUUGACAUUGCACCCCAUAGCGCUGCAACUUUGACAGUUUGUAAUAAUUUGCAUGCAUUUGCAUAAAUACCAUUGAUGUAGUUUGACCCGAAGCUUGCUGUCUGCGGAAUAGCGAUCUUGUUUGACGCUCACUGGGAUGACAUGCAAGUGUGUUUUUGCCCUGUGCGUCGUUAUCACGCAUGAUGCGCUAUCAAUACACCACUCGAAAUGGUUACUUAUUUAGUUGUAUUAAUAAGUCUAUAUCCAAGACUAGUGUUAUGAAUUUUAGUCAACAAAUAUUAUGAGAUAUUGCAGAUGAGUUAGCUCUCUAAUUAAUAGCUCUUUAAAAAAAAAAAGAAAAAUACAACUCUGACUUUAUUAUCAUGUCGGCUUUACAUGACCAGGAUUUUGGAGCCAAUGUGUGUGU